AUGUCUUUUCAAGGUUCCUUCACGGAAGUCCAUCAAUUCACAAAGUCCUACAAACAUAUGUGGGCUCGUGAUGUCGCCAAGUCGAGCAUGGAUUAUGAUCUCAAAGGUGUUAUCGAACGCUUGAAGGAGUCGGUUCCUGCCAAAUUUGAUGACAAGGAUAAUAUUGGUUCAAUCCGAGAGAAGACCAAGAAGUUCACUGGUCCAGGCUAUAUUCCUGAGGAGCAGGGUAGGGUCAGCGUCGGCAUUGUCGGCGCGGGUGUCGCUGGCUUGUUCGCUGCCCUGCUCUUCGAUUGGCUAAAUGACCAUGAAGAACUCAAGGGUAAAGGUCUCAAGAUCAGUUACGACAUCCUUGAGGCUGCUGGUGCAGAGAGACUCGGUGGACGUCUAUACACCCAUCAUUUCUCCCACGAAGAGCACGACUAUUACGAUGUCGGUGCUAUGCGAUUCCCCAACAACACUAUUAUGAAGAGAACCUUUCAACUGUUCCAUUAUAUUGGAAUCACGCGGGAAAGCAAGCCGGGAUUGAUUCCCUAUUACUUGAAGGACGAGGAGGGUCAAUGCCCUGCUUACUUCAACGAUAUCACGACUAGAGGUAAUGUUUGGGACGACGAAAGAAAGCCAAAUGAUCCGUACAAGGUCAACAAAGGCCUACCCGAAUGCGGAAAGAUCCCACCACAUCUGCUCAAGACUGACCCCUCCGAGCUAGUCCGAAAAGCCCUCAAGGGCUUCACGGACGUCGCCAAAAAGCACUUCGACGCAGCAAUCGAAGAAGAAAGAAAGGAAGAGGAAGAGGCGGGGAAGGAAGGGUUCAAGGGUGUAGGGAAAGACGGGAGAGCUGCGGCGAGAGGCCCAGAAUCAACAAAGUUAUGGAAGCUUCUCAUGAGAGCCGAUCAUAUGAGUGUUCGACAGUUUCUUGGCUCCGGCCAAAAGACAGAAGAUGGAAAAGAGCCGCAGCCUGCAGUUGAAGGCGACUUUCCAAAGGGCCCUGGUUACAACUACAACACCAUCGAAUGGCUUGAGACGAUGACCUACGGUACUGGCUGGUAUGACCAGUCUCUCACCGAAUGUGUCCUCGAAGAGCUCGAUUUCCACACUCCCGACAUGGACAACGAUCCAGCUACUAAGGACCUUCAGUACUGGUGGUGCAUUGACGGCGGCGCCCAAGAGAUCGCCAAGAGAAUGGCUCUCAAGAUCAAGAAGCGCGUUGAAUACAACACCAAAGUCCAAUCAAUUAAUGCACAAGUUGAGCUUCGUCAAGAGCGCAAGCCAGGCUCGUAUACCGCCAUGAAGAUCAAAACCACCAGGACAGAUCCAAAGACCAAGAAGGUCGAGAACAAAGACAGGGAGUACUUUGCCAUUUUCAACAGUACCACCCUCGGUGCCCUUCAGCGCAUGGAGCUUUCCGAUGCUGGUUUGUCCUGGGGUACUAAGCAGGCCAUCCGAGCUCUUGGGUAUGGCGCUUCAGCCAAAGUUGGCAUGAAAUUCCGAACUGCAUGGUGGCAGACGAAGCCAUUCUACAUUUCCAAAGGUGGUGUAUCCCGAACAGACUUGCCGCUACGUGUCUGCGUUUACCCAUCGUAUAACAUCAAAUCAAACGAGGGCGAGGACAAGUGGGAUCCUACAAAGCCCGCCGUGCUUCUGUGUUCGUAUACCUGGGGUCAAGAUGCCCAGCGUAUUGGCGCUCUCUGUUCCAACAACACAACACAAGACGACGCAGAGCUCAAACGCCUCAUUAUCCACGACCUUGCGAGACUCCAUGCUCGAAAGGAUUUUCCUUUCAAGAAACUGGUCAAAUUCCUGGAAGAGCAAUACAUUGACCACCAUGGUUACGACUGGUACAGAGACCAAUAUAUGUCAGGAGCAUUCGCGUAUUUCGGUCCUGGACAGUUUUCCAACAUGUGGCAAGAAAUCAUCAAGCCUAAUGCACUGGGCCAACUGUAUCUUGUCGGAGAAGCAGCCUCAUCCCACCACGCAUGGAUCGUCGGUGCACUGGAAAGCGUCAUCCGAGCAGUGUAUGUCAUGUUCCAGGGUCUUCAGAACGGCAACGAGAAGUUUGAGGCAUACGCGAUCGUCCUGAAACUUCUCAGUACCGGACCUGAUAAUGAUAAGAAUGUCAGCCAGCCUUUGAAGAAGGACGGCGAUAUGCCGACCGGCUCGCCUUUCCAUCCUCUACCGGAGGAAAUGCCUAUAAGACAGUUAUGUACGACAAAGAACCAGGAUUUAACGGCUAACCCUGAGAAGGAGGCUAACGUGGAUGGUGUUGACAUGACCUACGGUGCUGCAUUGGCUGUUUUGAGCUUGAUUGAGAGUUUCUAUGAAUUGGGAGUGGAUAAGAAUAACACGUAUUAA